AUGGUACUACAGUUAACCCCUGCCGCAGUACGAACAGUGGCGGAUCGUUUUGGGGGCGUUGUGGAACCGCAAGUCGUUUUGCGGUUAAAGAGUGCCGGAGCUCGAUCAACGUCUGAAACCAACCGCCGAUGGAUCUGCAGUUGGUUUGGUUUGGGGGGUGCACGGGAGAAACGCAGCUCAAACUGCGAAAUAGUAAGAACUAGAGGCGCAUCAUCUUCCCGUGGAGAGGCUUCAUCGUCUCGUGGUCAACCAUCAUCUUCAUCACAUGAUGAAAGGAGACGACCUACGGCUUUUGUUCGUAGAAGACGCGUAGAUGAAUAUCGCACAGACGUCAUUGAUGAACAUCAUUAUGAGGACCACGAGGAGUCUAUACAGCAGGGACAUUGUGAGGAGGACUAUGUUCAACAUGAGGAUGUUCAAGAGCAGGAUGGCUAUAGUGAGGAAGAAGAUGAAGAUGAAGAUGAAGAUGGAGAUGAAGUUCAAGAUGAUGGAUUUCCAGGAGGUCCACAUGACACCUCCUUGCUUACACACUAUUCCCAGCAUGUUGCAUAUGCCAUAUGGCAAGGCCAGGAUCGAGGGGAGAUUCAAUUGAGGACCCAUGCUAAAAAAUUAAAAAUUUUUGGAAUGUAUCAUGAGGCUAUCGAGCCAUAUAUAUCCAUGUCGGGGUUGGCUUCCUUAGUCAACCUAUCCUACGAGUAUGCUGAUCAUGGAUUGAUCGUUUCACUUGUGGAGAGAUGACACCUAGAGACAAAUAAUUUCCAUCUUCCGG